AUGCCAUCUGACAUUAGAAGCUUUUUUGGCGGGAAGCCACCGCAGAGCUCUGCCGAGUCUCCAAAACCCGCAAAGACAGAGGACCCAUCUGCAACAAGAAAAAGACGUAGCAGAAAGGUGGUGGAUGACAGCGAUGACGAAGAAGAUGUUCCCGCUAUAAAGGCUCCGACCCCCAAAGCGAAGCUUAAGAGCCAACCAAAAUCCGAAGAAACGAAAGGAGAGCCCACAACGACCUCGGAUUACUUUGCCUCCAGCAAGAAGCGAGGAAAACCUACCAAGACAGAAAACCCCGUUACCAAAAGUGAGACUCAAAAUGACACAAACACAACAGUCGAGUCCCCUGUGAAACCGCCGAAGAGAGGUGCAUCUAAAAAAGUCACAACUAUCGUCGACGAUGAUGAAGGGCUUGGUGGGGAUGAUGUGUUUGCUACGGAGUAUAAAAGACGCGGGAAGGGUGAUGACGAUUAUGUUGAAGGGGGGAACAGCGAUGACGACGACGAUGAUAACGAUGCCUUCGAAGUAUCAAAAGUCAAACCAUCGACAGCAUCCAGGCGCACCCAGAAGAAACAGCCAACCUACACCGAGGAUGACGACGACGACUUCGAAGUAAUGGAAGUUAAACCACCGUCUGCAUCCAAGCGCACUCAGAAGAAGCAGCCAACUUAUGAUGAGGACGACGAUGUUGUAAUGGAUGAACUCCCGACUCCUGCCCCUAAAGCAGCUCAAAAGGGUCGCAAGCGCAAGUCAGAGGCUCUUGUUGACAAGGACGAGGAUGGCGAACUCGGCGAUGUUAAGAAACCCGCAUCUCGAUCCAAGGCGUCUAAGGGAUCCGACUCACCAGCCGCGAAGAAAUCUAAAGCACCUCCCAAGAAGAAAACUAAGGAGGAGGUACCGGAGAACAAGGAGAUCCAAGACAUCUUCGAUAGCAUCCCAACAGUCCGUCCUCCAACUCCUCCUCAAGACAAUGGCGAGAAGAAGAAAUGGAAAUUUGGUGAUCAACGCUCCCGCACUCCACCAACUACCGGAACCAAAGAGAUUCCUGUUGGUGCAGAAAACUGUCUCGCAGGAUUGGCAUUUGUUUUCACCGGUGUGCAGGAAACUCUCGGUCGUGAAGAGGGCCAAGAGCUUGUCAAGAGAUACGGUGGUAAGGUGACUGGUGCGCCUAGUUCUAAGACCAGCUACGUUGUGCUUGGAAGUGAUGCAGGUCCCUCAAAACUUCAGACAAUUGCCAAACAUAACCUCAAAACGAUUAGCGAGGAUGGACUUUUCGAGUUGAUCCGCCGCUUACCCGCCAAUGGUGGCUCGGGAAAAGCUGCUGCACAGUAUGAGGCCAAGCAGAAAGCAGAAGAAGAUAAGAUUCAACAAAUGGCCAGGGAGAUCGACGCAGAGGAGAAGAAGAAGGCGGACGAGAAAAAGAAGCAGGCUGCUGCUACCAGUAACGCUUCUAACGCAAGCGGUCCACCCGCUUCUAAGGGUCCUCCCAUCGAUGACCAGCUUUGGACCACCAAGUAUGCACCAACAUCUACCUCAAUGAUCUGUGGAAACAAAGCUGCUGUUGAGAAAAUACAAAAUUGGUUACGCAACUGGCGCAAGAGCGCAAAGAUGAACUUCAAAAAUGCCGGUAAGGACGGCUCCGGAGUCUACCGCACGAUCAUGAUUCACGGUCCCCCCGGCAUUGGUAAAACCACGGCUGCACACAUGGUUGCCAAGCUGGAGGGGUACGAUAUCAUUGAAUCCAACGCUAGUGAUACACGAAGUAAGAAACUCGUUGAAACUGGCACUUUGGGUGUCCUUGACACCACGUCUCUUCAAGGCUACUUUGCUGGAGAUGGAAAGAACGUUGACAGUAACAAAAAGAAUGUCUGCUUGAUUAUGGACGAAGUUGACGGCAUGUCCGCCGGUGAUCGCGGUGGAGUUGGUGCGCUUGCAGCCAUUGCAAAGAAAACCAGUGUUCCACUCAUUCUUAUUUGCAACGAACGGAAACAACCCAAGAUGAAGCCCUUUGACUUUGUCACGUUCGACGUUCCAUUCAGACGCCCCACGGUUGAGCAGAUUCGCGCUAGGCUAUCCACAAUUUGCUUCCGUGAAAAGCUGAAGAUCCCACCACCUGUCUUGGAUAGCCUCAUUGAAGGAACUCAUGCCGAUAUUCGACAGGUGAUCAACAUGCUGUCUACUGCCAAAUUGGACCAGGAGAGUCUCAGCUUCGAUAAGGGUAAGGAGAUGUCAAAAGCAUGGGAAAAGCACAUCAUUCUCAAGCCCUGGGAUAUUGUCAGUAAGAUUCUCAGCGCCCAGAUGUUCUCACCCAGCUCCACCUCCACAUUGAAUGACAAAAUCGAGCUCUACUUUAACGACCAUGAAUUCAGCUAUCUGAUGCUUCAGGAGAACUACCUGAAGACCCGUCCGACUCUGGCUGGAAAUUACCACGACAAAGAGAAGAAUUUGAAGCUUCUUGAGCUUGCAGACAAUGCAGCUUCGAGUAUCAGUGAGGGUGAUCUGGUGGAUCGCAUGAUUCAUGGAACCCAGCAGCAGUGGAGUCUCAUGCCUACCCAUGCUGUUUUCAGCUUUGUCCGACCAGCUAGUUUCCAGUUCGGAAAUAUGACCGAGAGAGCAUCAUUCGCCGGCUGGUUAGGUCAGAACAGUAAACAAGGAAAAUUGUCACGAUUCGUCAAGGAGAUACAAGGUCACAUGCGUCUCCGUACAUCUGGAAACCGCGAUGAGAUCCGCCAGCAAUACCUGCCUCUGCUCUGGGAGAAGACUAUCCGUCGUAUGAUGGAUGAAGGCAAAGACAGCGUCGAGGACAUCAUCGAUUUCAUGGACUCUUACUACCUGACCCGCGACGACUUCGAUUCGAUGCUUGAACUCGGACUUGGGCCAAUGGACCAGUCAAAUGUCAAAUUGGAGACACAGACUAAAUCUACCUUCACGCGUCUAUACAAUUCACGUUCCCACCCAAUGCCUUUCAUGAAGGCCAGCAAUGUCGUUGCGCCUGCUAAGAAGGGACCUAAGGAGAAGCCUGAUAUUGAAGAUGCUCUUGAAGAAUCCGACGAAGAGGAGGUUGUUGAGGAAGCCAAGGAUGACGACGAGGAACUCGAUCUCAAGAAAGACAAAUAUGUCAGCCAACCUAAGAAGAAAGCUGCAAAGGGUGCUGCCAAGGGCAAGAAGACCACCAAGAAGGCUGCGAACGAUGACUUCAUUGACGAUGAUGAAGAAAAGCCUAAGAAAGCCCGGAAGGGUAAGGCCAAGGCCAAGGGUUAA